UUCGAACAUCCGUUUCACGAAAAAUCAUGAAAAUCAUUUAAUAGCACUUGCGCAUUUGUGACUACGGUAUACGUGAUACAUCAGAUCAUUUUGGAAACAGAGUUAAGUUAGCGGAAGAAUAUAAAUAAUUGCUGAGGAGGCUCCGCAGUCAAAAGACUAAAUUCUCUAAUAUGAGUACUACAAGGGAACAAGCUGGACCAUCUAAACCAUGGGAUUCCACUGCAGAAGAGAAAGAAAAGGAUAAUCGAACAUUUGAAUGCAAUAUUUGUCUUGAUACUGCAAAAAAUGCAGUUAUUAGUAUGUGUGGUCAUUUAUUUUGUUGGCCUUGUCUGCACCAAUGGUUAGAGACACGUCCAACAAGGCAAAUGUGUCCUGUCUGUAAAGCUGCAAUUAGCAAAGAUAAAGUUAUUCCAUUGUAUGGACGUGGAGAUACAAGGCAUGAAGAUCCAAGAAAUAAUGUUCCACCACGUCCUGCUGGGCAAAGAACAGAACCCGAAAAUAAUAUUGGAUUUUCUAGUUUUGGUUUUGGAGAUGGUUCUUAUAUGUCAUUUGGUAUCGGGACAUUUCCAUUUGCAUUCUUUACAUCUACUUUUAAUUUUGGAGAAACACGACCAAGUGCAGCUGCUAGAGGAACACCACAAUAUGAAGAAGAACAAUUUCUUUCAAAAGUAUUUCUAUGGGUGGCUUUGAUAUUUGUUUGUUGGCUCUUGAUGGCGUAACAUUUUGUUAAACCAUAUUAUUUGCUCCGUAUCUUGUAAUUCUACACCACUUGCUGAAUUGAUUCAUUACAUUUUUAUUAAUACAUCGAUCUUUCCUCGUUUGUGUAAUCGUUGUUACUCGCUAAAGUAACUAUAUCUGCUUGAAUAAACAAACAGAUUUUGUUAUAAA